CCCCCCACACCCCCGCCCCUCCACAUGGCGUCCGCCAGCGGCCUGGGCACCCGGGCAAGGCUCUUAUCGCUUCUGGAUGACAUCGAAGUGUUAUCGAGGGAACUUGUGGAAACGCUCGCGUUGUCAAGGAACCAGAAGUCCAGCCAGUAUGGAGAAGAGAUACAGAUCUUAGAGCUGCUGAUCAGGAAGGACGAGGAGCUGCAGUCUGCGUUGAAGUGCGCGACGGAGCAGGGGGAGGUUCACCUCGAGAUACUGCGGCUGGAGCGAGAGGCAGAGAGGAGGGAUCAGGACAUCCAGCGGCUACAGCGGCAGCUCAAGGAGGCUCAGCAUAUCCUCGCCACCGCAGUUUAUCAAGCUAAAGAGAAGCUCAAGAGCAUUGAAAGAGCCAGAAAAGGAGCCGUGUAUUCCGAGGAGCUCAUCAAGUAUGCUCACAGGAUCAGCGCGAGCAAUGCAGUGGCUGCCCCUCUCAACUGGAUGCCUGGUGACCCCAGGAGACCGUACCCCACUGACCUGGAGAUGAGGAGCGGAUUCUUGGGACAGCUGAGCAACCUCCCGUCAGCCGCGAUGAACGGACACUUGCCCGGGGAUGCCAUGGCUGCCGGUCGCCUCCCAGACAUCUUGGCACCGCAGUACCCCAGCACCUGGCAGACGAGCGGAGAGCUCUCUGUGGGGCUCAUGCCAACUCCUGGAACGGACUUUUCUCUGGAGCUCCCGGGACACAACAAAGAGAACGAGGACGAGGUGGAGGCCAUGUCCACGGACUCAUCCAGCAGCAGCUCUGACUCGGACUAAACCAAUUCGGCCAUGAAUGAGACAGAUCUCACAGUCGAACCAUGGACUGAAAUGUGGGGAGACGUGUGAUACUGUCCCCUUCUGUUAGCGGCUCAUUUAGUGAUGGUGGGGCAUUACGCAUUUCCUCCGUGGUUUACUUUAGCCUCUAGUUAUUUAAUACAUUUUACCACCGAAUGGAUCCACCACCUGGUUUUCCAUCGUCCCCUACUUUUUGUGUGCGUAGCCAAGUAUGGGUAUCUGUUUGGGCUCACUCUUGCAACGUGUCCGAACCUCUUGUCGUCUUCGUUACUUUCACUCCAAACCAUUUGAGAUAACUUUACUGUAAUCUUUGUAAUAUAACAACGUUAAAUAAAGUUCUGUUAGCAUUUGAAUGUACAGUAAAAAAUCAAUAGGGCUUUGGUACAGAAUAUGUAAUUGUUGACUGUGGUAUUGAUUUCUACAUGUUAUAAUGUUAGAGAAUUCAGUGGCGGUUUGUGUUGGUCCAAAACUGGUUCUUUUAAACGGGCGCCACCCAUUGUAUAGCAAUGAAUCAAAUAUUUUUUAUGUUCAAAGGAUAUUCUUUUUCAUGACCCAAUUAUUUAAAGACAUUGAAGGUGUAAAAAAGAAACAUUGGUUAAAUGUGGCUCACUUGAUGAAAUGUUUUGUAAAAAUGUAUUUGACAUGCAUAUUUACAAUAAAGUUUCAUUUUUUUUA